CUCUCUCUCUCUCUCUCUAUUUCUCUCUCAGCGUGCCCUGCUCGUCCCGCUUCCUACGGGGCAAGGGUUUCUCGCAAGCCCUUUUGAUCCGUGGACCUCUCUCUCUUCCCCCCACCCCCACCCCAACCCUAACCCUCCACAGAGAGUUGAUGCCUGAUGCUUCACCCGCCUCAUAUUCCCAAGUGCUGCCAGCACCCGAGGAGCCGCAGGGCUCGCCGUCCUGCCCUUAAGGGUUCUUUUUCUCAGUUCUGUAGCUGUAAAGAUGAUUCAUCCAGCACCACAGCCACCAGCACAGAUCAAGGCAGUGAUGAACCUUCCUUGGAAGAUGGAGAAGAUAUGCCAGAGCUUUCUUUGUUUAAGUGGAAUUUGUCUUGGAAUGAACACAGCAAAGGGAUAUUCCCGAACCCAGGAGACGUACCAAUCACUGAAGUUGAAUCAGUAAAUAAAAUUUCUUCAUUGGAUUCCAGCAAAAGUGGAACGCCUCAUGCAACAUGGAAUUAUGGAUCAUAUUCAAAUGAUCGGGUUAGUGCCCACUUGUCUGCAGGAUCUUCACCAAAUACUGCAGAUAAAUCUUUGUUUCCAGCUGCUGGAAACAUGGAAUCUUGGUUGGCUCCUGGAAAUGUGGUAUGGGCUAAAACUGCUUACCAUGAGUGGUGGCCUGCAGAGGUCAUGGAUGAGAAAGAGAUUCUGGAUUGCACUAGCACUCACCACGUUGGGCAUGUAUUGGUUCAGCUUUAUGGGAACAAUGAACAUGCGUGGCUUGAUCCAUUUAGAGACCUGUCUCAAUUUGAUCAUUGCCUGGAAGAAAGGAGCAAAAAUCCAUUGGAAGCAUUUCAGGAUGCUCUCAAGCAGGCUUCGAGCAGACAUGCCAAUACAAGUUCAAGAGCAUUGUCGGGGAGAUGCUCUGAUGAGGUCAAGAGCUCAAGCCAAAAUGGCAUAUGUGAUGCAGAGGACCCUUCAAAUUCAAGUAGAACAAAGGACGACAACAUAGAGGAAGGGAGGGGUAAAAGGAAAAGAAAAAUGAAAAUUCAUUUCGAUGAGUUGAGUUUUCCAGAAAAACCACCAAGAAGAGUGCGUCGUCUAAGGAUAAUGCGGUACCUUGGUCUCAUUGCUCCUGUCGGAUCUCCCUUUUCUCUCUCACACGUGAACUGAUUGAUAAGAUGAAUUCUUUUGUGUUGAUUGUUAAUCUUGGAAUGAGUUUCUUUAGAGGCAGCCAUUAUGUUAUGAAUUGUGCCAGCUGAUUUUUGAACUUGUCUAAGUCUCUGGUUUGUGGGACUAUCACCUUCAGACAAGCUUGUUUUGAGACUUAUCCUUGAUAAGGUAAGAUGGAGAUGACACGACUUCAACCACUCAAUGCUUCCGAGGAAAAUUGCUUGUACGUAUGUUGUAUAUGAGUGGAUUUGAUGGGUUUUGUGCAAUGCCCAUUACAGUAUUGCAGUUUUUG